AUGCUGUCCUCGCAGAUGCGGGUCCAUUGUGGCGGACCCGACGCUGCUCAACAGAUUGAUGGUGCCCCCCACGAUCCCCUCGCCGCCGUGCUGCACGGCCAGUGCUUGGAGCUCCAGCAACGGCUGCCAAACAUCCUCAGCUGGGAAGAGAAGUUCCCUCCCAUCAUCGGUGACCUCGCGAGUGGAAACCGCAUCGAGGACGUCCUUGAGGGCCUCAAGUCGCUGGCCCGCCUGCAGCCACUUGAGCGCCGCAUCUUCAUCGCGCGCUUUCGAUGUUUACUAGAGCCGUUCGUCGCUCUUGAAGCGCUGGGCCCAUUCCCAGGCGAGAGAGCCAAGGUGGCAGCCCAGGUAUGUGAGUACGCAUGCUUGUUUCUGCAGGAUGCCCUCCCCCCUCGCAAGUCUCUCUGCCUGGUGUGA